AUGCAGAACUCAUGCUCUGUUGGAGAAGAAGAGAUAUCAGCUGUACCACAGCCAUAUGCUUCCCAUGUUAUACCUGAUCCUGUAAUAGACCAUCCCAUAAAUGGAUCACCUAGUGAUAACGCAAACAUCAAGCCAUCAGAAAGAAGCUUGCAAAAGUGGAACCCAUCUCUCCUGAAAAAGGUAAACAGAUAUCUGUUAACAAAAGACACUUCGCAAGAAAGAACAAAGGGAAAAAUUCAUUCAGGAAGUAGCAAUCAGUAUGAAGCUGUGAUUCCUCCAUCACCUCAACCGUGGAGCUCACCAUGUCCUAUUUGCGAUGGAAUACAUGGGAAUUAUGGAUUACAUGGCUCAUGGUAA